AUGACAGCUGGUCUGAUUUCCACAUUCUUGUUUGACAAUUCAACACGCAAUGCAUUCGAUUUCAAGAAUGCGCCAAGUAUACCAAAUGUUCUUGCCAAUGAGUCUAUUUUCUUGUCAGGUGUUGGGCUGAUGGUAGUUACUGCCGUAUACAAUUACUGCCGUGACAGACUAGCUACUAUCCAAGCAUUCGUAUGGGACUACUUUCACACGUCAGCUGUGAUUGACGAAGCAGACGAGACCUUCUACCACGUUGCUCAAUAUUUGAGCCAACAAGAAACUCUCAUGUCCACCGUUAGACGCCGGCUAGUUCGAACAAACCUACCUCAGGAAAGCGACGAGUACCAAGACCAAUCAACCACCAAGCACAGCUACAGCCUCGUCCCCGAUUGUGGAGAAUACCAAUUAGAAAUCCGAGGACGCAAGAUUGCUAUAUCUGUGCGAACGGAGGAGAACGAGUCUGGUGGUUUGAAUGAAACCAAGUACGGACAAGUCCUUGCAGUCUCUAAAAGGACUCGACGGGUCAUUUGCUUGACCACUUUUGGUCGUGAUGAUAAGGUGCUGAAGGAGUUUAUUGAUAUGGCGUGUGAGUCGUCGCUGAUGAAGCAGCAAGGUAAGACAUUUAUGUUCUCCCCACGCUACGACUCGUGGUAUAGGAACUGUUCUCGUGAGCCACGGUCUCUGGACUCUGUGGUCCUGAGAGCAGGAUUGAAAGAUGAGAUCCUUAUGGACGUUCAAAAGUUCUUGGGAUCUGAGGAGUACUAUCGAAAUGUCGGGAUUCCAUACCGACGGGGUUAUUUGCUAUACGGCCCGCCUGGAACAGGAAAGACAUCAUUCUUGGUAGCUUUGGCUGGAAUGCUGAAACGGCCAGUUGCAUUGCUGUCAUUGAAUUCGCCGAGUAUGGAUGAUAACGACUUAGCUAAUUUGAUGGCAUCUGCACCAAAAAAUGCCUUGAUCGUGUUCGAGGAUGUGGACUGCUGUACAGGACCUGCUCUGAGUAACGGACCUACUGGAGCUGCCGCUACAUCCAAUGUGACUCUCUCUGGUUUACUGAAUGCCAUUGAUGGGAUAAGAGCACAGGAGGGGCAUAUUCUCUUCAUGAGCGCCAACCGUCCAGAUAAAUUACCCUCAAGUCUCUUACGCCCAGGCCGUGUCGACAAAAAGUUUCAAUUCGGAUUUGCGUCUCGUGAGCAAAUCCAUCGACUCUUUGUACGCUUCUUUGGCACCGUGAUGGAAAGCUACGAGACGUGCAGUGAUCACGGCUGGGCGGUUGCCAAUAAGCUGAAAGAGGAUCGGCUGACUACUGCUCAGUUGCAAGGGCUUUUUAUGGCGCAUAGGGAUACACCAGAGGAGAUUAUCAACCACGUGGAUGAUUUCUUGCUUUCUGUUGAUCGGGAAGCGGUGGAGAUCAAGGAGUCACAGUUGGCUAAUGAUUUGAGCUGUGGGAAGGUUGGAUCGCUUGCUAGCGCUGACGAGAUUGAAGUUAAUGGUGGAGAAGAAGAAAGAGGUGUUGACGCGGUUGCUAUACUGCUUGAUUUGCACUACAUCUCCUUCAUUAUUUUCGGCACUAAACUGCUCUCUGCACAAUACCCAAUGGCAACUAUGCUUCAACAACUUUACAUGUCGGGCUCGUCACUGCUAGCGAACGGAUCAAGUAGCUUUGAGGAACGAGUCUUUCCAACUUCGCAGCAACAAGUUUUUGGAGGACAGCAACCUCCUUCGUUUGGAUCGGGGCUGUUUAGCGCGGGCGUUGGAAUAUGGAUUUGUAGUGCUUUGCUUAGUAUAGUGAGAGAUUGGCUGUAUAAGGUCGUUGCUGCCAUUCAAGACCAGUUACAUACUCAGAUAUUAUGUGAGGAGGGAGAUGAGAUUUAUGAUCAGUUAAGUGAGUACCUUGCGGAAAGCAAGACCUUGAUGUCCUCAGUACGCAGACGUGUCGCCAAAUCCAAAGACCCAGACUUCCACGAAUACAACAACCUUUUCAAGACACGCCGAGAAAUCAACCUGAUUCCAGACUGUGGGAACUAUGUCCUACGAAACUACCAUGGCAAGGAUGUCUCUGUCGAAAUACUCUUGCAAAAGGACGACGGAACAACUCAUGGACUACGAUAUAAGAAUGUAAUGAAUAUGUCAAGUGAUGACAAGAAUCAGCGGUCAAAGAGAGCUAUGAGACUGUCUGUGCUUGGCCGAGAUGAUCAGGCAUUGAGGGCACUUAUUGAAGAUGCUGCGGAUGAAAGUCAUAAGAAGUGGGCUGGCAAGAUUUGGAUAUUCACUGCACGGUACGACAGAUGGAUGCGAACACUACCUAAAGCACCACGACCUCUAGAUAGUGUUAUAUUGAGGGACGGUGUCAAGGAAGAUAUCAUAGAAGACGUGCAAUCUUUCUUGAAUAGUGAGAGCUGGUACACCGAGACUGGAAUUCCAUAUCGACGGGGUUACUUACUACAUGGACCACCUGGAACUGGAAAAACAUCCUUCAUUCUUGCCCUGGCCGGAUACCUACGACGACCAGUCUGUAUAAUGUCUCUCUCUGCACCAUCUGGAUCUGACCGUGAACUCGCACAUCUCCUAUCCAGCUCUCCACGUGGCGCCUUCCUCGUCCUCGAAGAUGUCGAUGUAGGCAUGACGAGUGUAUCAGGAGGCUCUGGACAGAUCAACCGUGUCAACAACACAAGCAGCAGUCCAUUCCACGGUGGAUCCAACAGCAAUAAUCAGCAGGGUCUUACACUAUCGGGUGUGCUCAAUGCUCUGGACGGUGCUGAGGCUCAGGACAAUAGAAUCAUCUUCAUGACUGCAAACCGUCCCGAUACUCUGCCCCCAGCAAUGUUACGACCCGGCAGAGUGGAUCGUAAAUGUGCCUUCCACUUCGCUGAUCGGGAUCAGAUUAUGAAAAUGUAUACGAGAUUCUUUGCCAAGGAGUUGGGUGAUGAUGUUGCAUUGAGGGUUGCGGCGGAUGUUGCAGACUUGAUUCCUGCUCAUAGACUCAGUACUGCUCAGAUUCAGGGGUUCUUGAUGCUUCAUAGAAAGAAUCCGUUGGAUAUGGCCUCGUAUGUUGAUAGUUUCUUGGAGUCUAUCAAGAUUGAAGCGAAGGAGAUUGCUAGUGCUGCUGAAGCUGAGGCACUUAGCAUUAGUGGUGAUGGUCUUGUGAAAGCCAAACAAUAA